UGGUUCUAUUCUAUUAUUCAUGGCCUAUUGUGGCGAUAAUGUUUGACAAAAAGGCAGAAUGAACAACGAAACAAGGGAGAAAAUAAUAGCCAAGUCGAUCCGGCCUUGAAUGACAGCUGUGUUGUGUGACCUUGAAUGACUCAAAGUAAGCGUCAGAUAACAGAAAACACGCUGUGUUGUGUUUACCUCAAGUUGAAAAAUACAGAUAAAACAUUCGACUGACCAUGGACGCGGGGGACGUGAAGGAGAGGAAGGUGGUGAUUGCUAUGGAUGGGAGCACACACUCGGAGUAUGCUUUCAACUGGUACCUAAAUAGUUUCCGGUUACCACGUGACCUCGUGUUACUUGUCCACUGCAUCGAACGACAUGAUAGAUUUCAUGCAGCCCUGGGUAUGUCUGACGUCAAGACCAUUUGUGAUAUCUUAGCACAAGAGGAAAAAGAAGAACAACUUUUGAAAAAGCAGCUGGAGAAGAGACUGAUAGACCACAAGCUAACGGGCACGGUAAAAACAGGUGUUGGCAAACCAGGUGAGCUAAUUGUGUCUGCCGCCCGCCACGAGAAAGCUGACCUCAUUGUUUGCGGCUGUCGUGGGGUCGGCAAAGUCCGGCGAACCAUCACCGGAAGUGUCAGUGAUUUUAUCGUCCAUCAUUCCCACGUCCCUGUCAUCGUCUGUCGUCAUCCAAGCCACUUACACGAGUUGAAGGACCAGAACUGAAUAGUCAAAGUGACGUAAGCAUGGAGGAUUACAUCUAGUCACGUGCACCACACUUUAAACAUAGAAUUAUGACGUAUUAAAUAUGAAAUCCUUUACCUGUGAUAACUGGGGACAUACCUUAAAGCUUGAGGAAGGGAGUGACGUAUUAUAGUUGACCAUGCAUAUUGAAGUAGAGUACUACUAUUAAUAAUGUUGCUUUCGAUUUUGUAUGAAUAUAGUGUAGACUUGGUUGUGUGUGUGUGUUGCAGGUAUGCUUGGUCUAAUACUCUUGUUACUUGUCAUAAUGAAUUUGUUCAUUAAAGGGGGAAAUAU